AUGAGUGGUGAGAUCGAGUAUCUGGAAAAGUAUUCGGUGGCACCUUCACCUAGCAGAGAUUACUACGGUCUCAAAGUACUUCGUGACAAGGUGAUCUUAUACGUUUGGAAAAUUUCCCAUGGUCCUCACAAAACGCCCCUCGUACGAACCUCCAGUUUCGCCGAUUUCGAUCAAGACAAGCAUCUGCAAGACGAGAUCCGACGUGCUUUCGGCAUACAUUUACUGAAACACGUGAGAAACAUCACUUCAGGACGAAAAAAGACACUUUUAACGUUGCCACGAAGCUUGAUAGGAAAGUUGGUUAACUAUUUGAAUGUGAAAGACGUCGCCAAUUUGACAUCCUUGUCGCACGUGUCCAAAGAGAUCUUCGAUGAUAACUUUGUAUGGGAAACAUUGUAUAAGAAGUAUAGGUCAUUUACAAGCAGAACAGACCAAUUAUCCGGCAACUGUACCUGGAAACAACUAUUCCAGCAGGCACAAAUACAAGGACUAAUGAAUACACAGAAGUUAUCCCGAUGUCGCCCGUCAUCGAAGCAAACGAAAACCAACUCAAAACUUGAGAACUCAUUUAAAAUCUCAAAUAUACCUCCGAAAAUUGCACCAAGACCCGUUUCGUCGACGUACCAAGCAUCGAAAAAACCAUCUGAAGAUGUUCGUAAAAGAACCAUUCAAAACCCUAUCACACGAAAGGUAUCAGAGGUUCGUGUGGAACGAUCAGUGAUCGAAACUCAGAAGAUCAGUUUCGAAAAGAAUGUUCCACUCAUCAAGUCGCUUCAAACAAAUGCACAAAAGGCUGUGAGAACGAUGCGAGAUCAAUCAGGAGUGUUGACAAGAACCAAAGUUAAUCGUGAAAACGACGGCAAUAAACCGCUCACUGGUAUAUCUGUCGAAGCAAAAUCCAAGAAAAAGCAGGACCCAGUACGGAAAACGGAUAUGAAAGUUAGCAGUACCAGCAUUAAAACGGAAGUAAAGAAACCUAACCUAGCUAAAUCACGAGGUCUGGCAUCGACGAAUUCUACCAAAACCCAAAAACCGACACCAAAUUCUGUGCAAUUAGAUCCAAACAGACCAAACAGAAAGGGAAAAACAAAAAAAAUCGGACAAAGUAAAUCGACGAUUCUCAACACGAACGUGUUAAUGAUAAACGAGGAAUCUCUGAUCAGAGACGACAGUUUCGACUUCGCUGAUUUGAUCGAAGCUAGCUUGAAGAAUAUUCGAACUCCACGAAGUAUAUUCGAUUAUGGCUUUAAUCGCGGUGAUACGCUAAAAACGUGUGCCGGUGAUGGGAGAAUGCAAGAAGAGCAUCGAAGAACUGUGGAACAUCCAAGGGCGUCGAAAAGCGGAUGCACCAGAACGACUCUGGACCGAUUGUCUGAGAAAUCAGAACCUCUAACUGCCAAGUCGAUCGAUUCCGACGUUUCAUUUUGGUCGGGAUUUUCGAAGAACUCAAAAACGUCCAAAGACAAGACGCAAAAUACGACAGAAUUGAAUAAAAUUCAAACUAAAAUGACGGCCAAUGAGGAUAGAGUAAGUUGUUUGGAUCGUUACGGACUUUGUAAUAAGGUUCCUACAUCAAAGAUAAAUCUUGCCGAGCAAAAAACUAUGAAUUCUCAAAAGUUAGUGGACAAAAUGAACGUGCUGCGUUCCUUGGCAUCAACUAACACUUAUAAUGGAUUGGCUAGUAACAGUACUCUUACUAAUGGAAAUCGUUAUGAGUUCCGAAAGCCAAUAGGCAGCAUCAAUAAACAUUAA